UUCACCCAGUUCACCAUGGAACGUUGGCACAAACGCGUGGCUGUGAUUAGUGGCGCUAGCUCUGGGAUUGCGACAUGCGCUAAAUUAUUAGUAUCGGCUGGUGUUCAAGUUGUCGGUCUCGCCCGUCGCACCGAACGAUUGCAGGAGUUGAGACAAUCCCUGCCGGAGGAUCAGCGAAAAUAUUUCCAUCACCGGACGUGUGACGUUUCACUAAAACCGCAGGUGGCCAACGCCUUCGAAUGGAUUGAAAAGGAACUAGGCGGCUGUGAUAUACUCAUAAAUAAUGCUGGAAUUUGCGAUGGCCAUUUGAUUGAUAUGCCCAUUAACGACAUAAGUGAUGUAAUUCAAACCAAUAUCAUGGGUAGUGUUUAUUGCACUCAAUCGGCAAUCAAGAGUAUGACCGGUCGAAAAAUGGCUGGACACUUGAUCUUCAUUAAUAGUACGGCCGGAGUGGCGGGGUAUAAGCCCGAUCCAGCCGAUCCAAGUCUGAAUAUAUAUACUCCAACUAAAUUUGCGUUAACUGCUGUACAUGAGGUCCUCCGACAGGAAUUGAUUGGAAAACAAUCAAAAAUCAAGACAACGAGCAUCAGUCCCGGCUGGGUGGCAACCGAAAUAGUUCCUGAUGAGACGAAAGCCCAAUUGGGCGAAGUUAUACUUCAGGCGGACGAUGUGGCUCAGGCUGUGCUUUAUGCCCUGUCGACUCCACCACAUGCCCAGGUGGAACAGAUAACAUUACGGGCUGUGGGUGAAUACUUUUAAUAAUGAACAGACAGCAAAACAUAACAAGGAACCAACCAAUCAAUGGCAAAUAAUAAUAAUACUAAAAAUAAUAAUAACGAAUAACAACAGUGAAGCCAAGUAAUCAACACUUAAUAACAAUCAAGUAAAAACACAAACACAACCACACACACACACACAAACACACAC